AUGCGCUUUCGUGCCUCCAUCACUAACGUUCCGACCUUUUUUCGUAUUAUUCAAGCGAUAGAGAAGUUGCAGAAAAAAUGCAUCAUUAAGUUCACCGAGACGAGCAUGCACAUCAUCUGCAACCAUGACGCGAACGAAGGAGGCAUCCAAGUCUGGUCUCAGAUAAAAGUGGACGCCAUCUUCGCCAACUACCGAAUCCAGUCGAAUGCCAACAACGAAAUUACAGUUGGCCUGGCCUCAGAGGCACUUCUUGGGGCACUCAAAUCGGCAUCUACGUCAACGACAUCGUCUUCAUCGUUCGAUACGGAGGAGGUGGUGAUGAAGCUCGCGAAGAAGAACGACCAAGCGCUGUUCUCUUUCGAAAUUAGUGGGAUGUCGCGUGUUGGGCACAGACUUCGGGUCGCACACGACGUGAAGAUUGAGGUUAUGAGACCUGCUGAUGUCGAAAAGCUGAAGGAACCUCUAUGCCCUGAUCCAGAUUUGCAUAUACUACUCCCUCCGCUCCAGAAACUACGCACGAUCGUGGAGCGGAUGCGGCCUUUGUCCGACGUUCUCGCUGUCCGCGCAAACAAUAACAAGCGUCUUGUACUAGCAAUUAGCACUGAGAGCGUUCGAGUUGAAACUGAAUGGACAGACUGUCGAAAUACUGCGCUAUUUGCCCAACUAAAUGUAACGCUGGACAAUGAAGGUGACGGUGCCGAUGACGAAAUUGCAGACCCUGACAAGCUGUUUACUGUUCUCAUCUCAACUCGCAGUUUCCUCAAGUUUCUGAAUAGUCAUGUUGUAUCCACUACUACCAUCGCUGGUCCGUAUUGA